AUGCAGACUUUCAGAGUAUAUAAAGGCUACAUAGAGCAUGGAAGUGGAGAGGAAUGUAUUCUACAAAAAUCAAUAUCAAUGAAGAAGGGUCAAGACUGUCCUGCUCGUCCAGCUCCAUCCUGUGCAGCCUGCAAAUAUCUAAAGAGAAAAUGCACUCCAAAUUGUGUAUUUGCACCUUACUUCAAGUCUGAUGAAUUGCAUAAAUUUGUUAAAGUUCACAAGGUAUUCGGAGCUAGCAACGUCAGUAAAAUUCUCGGAGAAGUACCUGCAGAACAACGAGAAGAUACGGCAAAUUCACUGGUUUACGAAGCCGAGGCAAGAUUAAGAGACCCUGUUUAUGGCUGUGUUGGUGCUUUAGCUUUGUUACAAAAUCAAAUGAUUCAGCUUAAGCAAGACCUUGCCAUUUCAAGAGCUCAUCUUACUUGUUAUGCUUCCGACACUCCUCCUCUGCAACCACCACCACCUCCUCCACCGUCUCCUAUCAUUUCCAGUGACUACUUUGUUGACGGCCUGCUUUCCUCUGAUGAAUUUGCAGUUUAUGAUCCGGUAAGCGCAGGGAGCACUUCCAAUCCAAACUACUCAGAUUGCCAACCACAUCCGUAUUCCGGUGCCACUCCUCUUUCUGCUUCAUUUCCACAAUAAUUCUUCGGUCGAUCGAUCAACAUUCAUGGAACUGCUCGGUUCGACCCCCGCAAUACCAUUGUUGUUCCGGUUUACAUUGUUUUAUUAUCUCCUAGCUAGCUUGCAUAGCCACAAAUUAAGCAUCUAUAUGUACUAGUAGUUAAUCAUUGAAUACAUUAUUAACCGGUAAUCGGUUCAAGUACUAAAUAAUCUUCAUGCCCGCAAAGGUUAUAAAUUACAGAAUAUGUCACCACUUACCAGUUUACAGUGGGUGGUAUUUGAUAGUGCAA